AUGCGGGUGCUCGAAGCCCGGCUCACGGACGGCGCCACGGACAGCACGGCGCCGGCGCAGCGGCGCCACGCGCGGAGCUCCGCGGACGGCUGCGCGCGGCCCUCGCGUCGCUCGCCCUGGCACAAGCCGGGCGAUCGCGGCUCGGCGGACGCGCGGGAUGUGGCGCGGAAUUCGAGCGUCGACCGCGAGACCGACGCGACGGAGAUGCAGGAUUCGCCCUGCGAGGACGGCCCCGCGGCGCUGCCGCGCGGUUCCGGCGCUGCAAGGCGCCUGGCGCUGGCCCUGGACGAGGCCGGGCUGCUGGCGCCCGGCGCGGACAGCUCGUCGAGCGGGCGCGUGCGGCUGACGCACGCGUCGCGGACGGGGAACUUGCGGCCUGAGAAGCGCGCUGUCUCCGAGGAGCGCCUCCAGUGGGAGCGCCGCUGUGCGCACGAGGUUGAAAGGAAGCUCGGGCUCCUGGAGGAGGCGCACGACAAGGAGGCGCGCGACAUCGUCUGCCAGGAGGUCCUCGACGAUCUGACGGGCGAGCUGGACGACCACGCCCUCGUAUGUCUCGAGGCGCCGCGCGGUUCGCGGUUCUACGAGAUUCUCGCGGAGCACUACGACGACGACGAGAACCACGCCGACGCGGAACGCCUCCUCGCGCUCUGCCAGGGUCAGUGGGUGUCGGUCCUGGUGCCCCCAAUCUACGCCCUGCUGCUUCACCGGUGGCUGCUGACGCGGCCCGACGCGGGGGGGCGCGACGACCGCGCGCGCAACGCCCACAUCAUGCUCCUCGCCGCGCGCGACCUCAUGCGCGGCGACGCCGACGGCGGCGCCAGCAAGUUCCUGCCCCUCUUCCGCUUCCUCAACGACAGCGUCGUCUUCGACGACGAAGCCCGCGCGUCGCUCCCGCGCCAGAGCGUCCUAGAGGCCUGCGCUGUCGUGGCUGGCAUGUCCCCCUACUACCUGGGGCCUAAUUACGUCAGGUAUAACUUCCGGAACUUCCCCGCGCCUCCGGGGUCCGACAAGCGCACGCCCAGCCGCGUGCGCGGCGUCCCGGGCGGGUUCCAGGCCGUCGGCGGGUGGGCGAAGGCCGCAGCCGGCCCCCGCACCGGCCCGGAGCUGUUCAUGCAACAGGUGUCGCGCACGCUGUGCGCCAUGCAAGCCGAGCACGCGCUCGUCACCUGCCUUCGCCGCCUGCGCGCCCUCAAGGGCGUCCCGGAGCUCCGCGGCAUCGGCACGAUGGUGUCUCUCGAGUUCCAGUCUGUCCUGUACACCCUGACUCAGGAGGGCGGCCCGCGGUACCCCACGCGCGCCGUCCGGCACGCCGCCGACGCCGCGCUGGACGCCCUGUUCCCGAUGGGCGCGUCCUCGCGCCGUGCGGCCCGCCUGUUCUUCUGGCUGAUGCAUCCCGUGGACGUGGCGCGCGGGGCGUGGACGCAGGCCGGCGCGGCCGCGGCCGCCGUCGCGGGCGCCGUCGUGCGGCUGUCCACCGCGCUGCCGUUCUCGGACGCGCCGGCGCUGCUGCCUGCGCCGCCGCUUCACGAGGGCGCGUCGAUGCCGUCUGAGGACGUGCCUGUGGACGGCGAGCCUGCGGGGUCGACGGACGCCGAGGACGUAGACGUGCCUGAGGGUGCGGACGGCGCGGCGCGGGAAGCGGAGCCGACGGGGCUCGUGGGGCGGGUGCGGUGUGCAGUCGGUGGUGCUGCGGGCGCUGCGGAGCGGAGGGUGAUGGGGUGGGUGUCUUGGCUGCAGGAACGGAGCGUUGAUCCACGACGCGCGUGA